GCAUUGUACUUUUGGCGGGUUGCAGGCCCUCGACCCCGGAUGGGAUUGACGUAAUGGACGGAUUCCAUCCAUUCUGCCCUCGAGAGACGAUCAACAAAGUGGCAUAACUUUCCACCGGUGGCCUCGGGAACUGCAGGCAAUACGUAAUUGACCACUUGGGACGUCUUUGUAAGCUGAUCAUGGGCGCUAAACGGCCUGCGUGGUGGGGGCUCCAAGGGCGUUCCGGUAAGAUUUCUUCCACUCAGCGUUCCCGGAGAGAGGAAACAGAAAGGAGCAGAGGCGACCGUGGAUGGGCGGAGCAGGCCCUGCGGUGGAUGGAUCGAUCCAGGAUCGCACAAUGCCACUACGUCCUAGCUUCUCUGGCGCCGUUAUCUGCAGGAGGCAUCGAAUACCAAUCUGUACCAGAUUACCGCGAUGGCAUUCAGGGUUCCCGAGCAGACCGGGGGAGGCGACAACGCAUUCCCUCUGACGAUGUCGAGCCUGUGGAUAACCCGCAACGACAUCGGUUCACUCCUCCGGCGUUGCUGCGUAGCUGCUCAGUGGACGAACGAGACGCCUGAGUCAGCAGGACAAGACCGAUUUCAAUGAUUUAAUAUGCAAGGAGACGACGAACUCC